AUGUAUGCCUUUGUGGUUUCAGACUACGUUCAUAUCCUCAUCCACGAUCAACCAGAUAUCCACAAGGUCCAACAAAGCCACACGAGAACGCAAUUCGAGCAUCCACACGAGAAGCAACAGCCCCUGGCGCCAGCAUACAACCUACACGAAGAGCUGUUAUCAAAUGCGGAGGAUCAAGCGUGGGAGGAGGAUGACCGAUUGAUACGGAAAUGGGAUGACGAACAGCAAGAGGAGUUGAUGUUGAUGGCAGAGAAACUGGAUGGUGAAGAGAGCGGAAGACUGGUGGCAGAGUGGGAGGGCGAGCAGGAAAUAUUGGCAUCAAAGGAAGAAGGGCUGGCGAUCGAAGAAGACGAGCGACUGUUGACAGAAUAUGGAGGAAAGAAGAGAGUGCAAGCGUCAAGCGUUAUAGACCCGACGUCGGAAGCUUAUGAACGAUGGCUAACACGCUGCGAGGAUGAAGAAACUGCGAUUAUAUCGAGAGAAGAAUGGGCAGAUAAGGCGCAAUUGGCUGCUAGAGAGGACGAAGGAGAUGAUAUGCCGUUCCAUUUCCAAGCAAAGCACUCAAUGGCAAUUGGUACCACCUAGACUCGCCGAUAAUGGACGUGGAUUAGUGUGAUGCCGCCGAUCUACG